AUAUAGAAACUAGACUACUAGACUAGAAUGACUAGAUCAAAGAAUCAAAGAAUAUUAUAGUUUUUAAUUAGAUCUGUGAAAUAUUCACUACGUUUAUAAAAUUUAACACAAAAUAUCACACCAUUAUUUGAUGUGCCUUUGUCAUAUCACUAUUCGGGUAGAAUCUUUUCUACUAGUUAAACUGUGAUAUUACUAUUCUUGUGAUUUGCUAAAAACCAAAGAAUUUAUUUGCAAAAAGAUUUAAACUGUUUUAAUAAUUUGUGGCCCAAUUAUAAAACCAGAAAAGAUGCAACUUAACGCUGAUCCAAGACGUGCUGAUCGUGAACGCCGCUUCAAACCUCCUCCACCAACUUCAGCGCCAGCGGAAGAUCUUACUACUGACUACAUGAAUAUUCUUGGAAUGAUUUUCUCAAUGUGCGGUCUAAUGAUGAGGCUUAAAUGGUGUGCUUGGACAGCUGUAUUCUGUUCAAGUAUCAGUUUUGCUAACUCAAGAGUUUCAGAUGAUACAAAACAGAUUGUUAGUUCAUUUAUGCUUUCCAUAUCAGCUGUUGUGAUGUCAUACUUACAAAAUCCUGCACCAAUGUCUUCACCAUGGGCUGCUCUAACAACUUAGUUUUGCAAUACAUAAUAACAAAAUAUAAAUUAUCAUUUCAUUGUAAAUAAAUAUGUUAUAAAUUAUAAAUUUUU